AUGAAUUUCCGAGCAAUAUUUUUAUUCGUUUUCACGCUUGUGGCAGUCGCAGUUGCAUUUCCAUCACAAGAAAACAGAUUAAGACGUGACGCUGCGGACUCCGUGAAAAGUGCUGCGAGUGAUGCGAAGGAGGCCGUAAGCGACGCGGGCGCUGCUGUUGCCGACGCGGUUACACCGACAGAGAAGAGUACUACAGAUAAAGUUGUAGACAGUGUGAAAAAUAUGCUUGUGGCAGUCGCAGUUGCAUUUCCAUCACAAGAAAACAGAUUAAGACGUGACGCUGCGGACUCCGUGAAAAGUGCUGCGAGUGAUGCGAAGGAGGCCGUAAGCGAUGCGGGCGCCGCAGCUGCCGAUGCGGUUAAAUCAAAAGAGAAGAGUAAACUUGAAACAAUAUAA